AUGCCUCUGCCCAAGGCGGAUACGGAGUCUCCUCCCAUUGAGGAGGCCUAUACUGGUCCUCGUAGCUCCGGCAGUGUUGGAACUGCAGACAAGGGGGCACGCGCCUCCACUGCUGCCCUGCUCCGCAAUCCACUCGUCGGACUCACCCCCGAUGAGCUUAUGGCGGAAGCUGACAGCUUCACUGAGUUGAAAGGAUUGCGAGAGCACCAAGAAAUCUUCCGCAAGGGCGCAAUGGUUGCGCAGGUGAUCAACAAACCUGAUGGGUUUGAGUCCAUCACCGCCUUGGACGACGAGGAAAAGGCAGUGCUUCGCAAAGAAGUAACCCAUCGCUGGAGUCAGCCGAAGUCUCUUUACUUUCUCUGCGCGCUUUGCGCGGGUAGCGCUAUUGUACAGGGCAUGGAUCAGACAGCCGUCAAUGGCGCCCAGGAGUUUUACUACAACACUUUUGACAUACAAGAUGAUGCUGCAAUGCAGGGGUUGAUCAACGGCGCUCCUUAUCUCUGCUCUGCGCUGAUCGGAUGCUGGAGCUCUCCUUUGCUCAACAAAUACACCGGUCGACGAGGAACAAUCUUCAUCUCAUGCUUCUUCUCUGUCGUCACCGGAUUUUGGAUGGCCGCAGCCGAUACCUGGUACAAUCUUCUGAUUGCUCGCUUCGCGCUCGGAUUCGCCGUUGGUGCAAAGAGUAGCACCACGCCCGUCUAUUCGGCAGAGAGCACACCCAAGACCAUUCGCGGUGCUUUGACAAUGAUGUGGCAGAUGUGGACGGCCUUUGGAAUAGCCUUGGGUUUCAUAGUAUCCGUUGCUUUCAGGGACACUGAUUUCCUAGGAGAGAACACCCAGUGGCGAUGGAUGCUCGCCAGUACAUCCAUCCCCCCCUUGGUUGUGAUGGUACAGGUCUACUUUUGUCCCGAGAGUCCACGAUGGUACAUGGAGAAGGGCAAGUAUCAAAAGGCCUUCCAGUCCAAUUUGAGACUUCGUAACCACCCUAUUCAGGCGGCAAGGGACAUGUUCUACGCAUACAAGCUUCUCGAGAUCGAGACUCAGGCCCGGAGUGGUCGUAACUGGAAGGACUUUUUCACUGUGCGAAGAAACAGACGGGCGGCGAUGGCUUCAUACUUUGUUAUGUUCAUGCAACAAUUCUGCGCCAUCUUCACGACGAGCGGUUUUGACAAAGGCACAGCUCUGCUCGUGUCGAUGGGAAUGGGAUUGGUCAACUGGGUUUUCGCUCUUCCGGCAUUCUAUACCAUCGACACUUUCGGCCGGAGGAACCUCCUCUUGGUUACUUUUCCCUUGAUGUCAAUCUGUCUGUUCUUCACCGGAUUCAGCUUCUACAUCCCAGAGGGAACCACGGCAAGACUUGCCUGCAUCGUAACGGGCAUCUACCUCUUCGCAGCGGUUUAUUCCCCAGGUGCUGGCCCAGUGCCGUUCACCUACAGCGCCGAGGCCUUCCCGCUGCACAUUCGUGACAUCGGAAUGAGCAGCGCCACGGCCGUCACUUGGGGAUUCAACUUUAUAAUUAGCUUCACCUGGCCCUCACUCAUUGAGAGCUGGGGCCCGACCGGCGCCUUCAUGUGGUAUGCCUGCUGGAACAUCUUUGGCUUCGUCGUGGCCUACUUCUGGCUACCGGAGACCAAGAACCUGACCCUCGAGGAGCUGGACAGCGUCUUCUCCGUCCGCAGCAAAGACCAUGCCGAGUAUUACACUUCCAAGCUGCCGUGGUACGCCAACAAGUAUCUGCUGCGCCGCGACGUGGAGCCUUUCCCUGCUCUCUAUGAGCUGGCGGAAGACCAACAUCACCACACCGACGGAGCGCACAAGGCCAGCGUGCAUCACAACGAGGCUGGACCUUUGUCUGGGGUUUCCGGCGAGAAACAGACCUGA